GCUACGCAGCCUCUACAUAUUACAUGGCUUAUUCUGCCAGUAGCUGGGGCCCUUGGAGCCGUUAUACCAAGUGCCUCCUGGCCCCUGGCCAAACGUGCAUCUGUCUGCCGUCAAGUUAUUUUUUAAAUUGAAAAAUGUAGUAUUUAUCGAACAAUCUAAUAGCGUGAUUAUUUAACAUUUCCUUCCUGAAGAAGAGAUCAGCCUGUGAAGCGCGGUGCAUUGGGGGAGGGGGGUACUCUCUAAUUGGAUUAAUAGCCAAUUCUCUGCUGGUGCUCAUUGGGGGGGCCCGCCCUGCCUUUUCGCUUGGCUGAUUUGAAGCCGCAUCAGAGAAACUUGCAUACCCUUGAAUUUGGACGUCUGUGUCCCUGAGCAGCAGGUUAUUUAAGAGCCCUGGCUUUCUGCUACAAGUGGAGAGCGCCCCCUCCUGGCCACUUAAAUUUUUUUUUUUUUUUUUUUUUAUGUAAAUUGUUUAGAUUCCCUCUGUCACUAAUGGCUACGUAGCCCCCCCCCUCCCCAUUUUAAAGGGCCGGCAUGUUUUUGGUGCGCCCGUCGGUGUGCAUCUCCUGGCUGACACGCCUCGUCUUGUGAGCAGCAGGCCCUGCUCCUGGAGCAGCAGCGUAUUCACCAGCUGAGGAACUACCAGGCUUCCAUGGAGGCAGCGGGGCUGUCAGUCCCCUUCGCGGCACACCGGCCCCUGUCACGCGCCCAGUCGUCCCCGGCCUCCGCCACCUUCCCUAUCGCCGUCCCGGAGCCGCCCGCCAAACCCCGUUUCACCACCGGACUGGUGUACGACACGCUGAUGCAGAAGCACCAGUGCAUGUGCGGCAACACCAACACGCACCCGGAGCACGCGGGCCGCAUCCAGAGCAUCUGGUCGCGGCUGCAGGAGACAGGCCUGCGGGGAAAGUGUGAGGUAAUGCGACGGGGAUGGGGGCUGGUCAGACUGCGCAGUUUACGGUGCCAAUAGCUAACCAGGAUAUCAGGAAUGUUUAAUCUUCUUUCCCCUUCCUUUUCUCUUUCUCACAGAGAGUAAUAUUCUUGGUGUUAACCUAUUAACAAGCAGAAAGCGAUUGAGAACAGUCAGUUUCUUCCAGAAUGAUUCUGGUGUGGGCUAGCGGUAUCUAGCUAGGCACGCAAACUUUUCAGGGAUGCAUUAUUAUCCCCACCAGCAGAGGGCUCUGUUAAUCCAUGAAACACAGCAUUCGCCCUGAUGUUUUCCGUUGAUCUGCCGCCCUGGUCUGAGAUGAAGGAGGCUCUUACUCAGCACGAGUAGGAAAUGUCCACUUGUUUUUGAAAGGCCCUUAGACGAGAGAUAAGCGAGUUAAAGGUUAACGACUUGGCAAGCCCACCGCUUAUCGCAGUCUACACCUGUUCCCUCAGAUUCCUUCCUGCUUUCAUUAUGGAGCAUCAUCUCGAUCUCCUGUGACUAAACCCCGUCAGAUGGCUUUAAUCUCUCCCAUCGAGCCUUCUCUAAUUUGUUGUGUUGCGUCAGUACUGUUCAUGCUUAAUUCCCAGCGGUUCCUAACAAACAAAUCCCCCCCCAUGCAACACACCACCUCCGGAGCGGUUUUCUCUGGUGUCCUUAAAUGAAUCUCUGCUUGUGUUAUAACCCUGCCAGGCCUGACUUCACAGUGCCCCCUACAGGGCGCAUACAAAAAUUGUCUGGCCUACUGAGGGACAACAGGAUGUCAAAAGUGCAGUGCAGUGUAGUGGCUUCAC